AAUUUGUUGUAAUACGAUCAAUUAGAAACAAGGUACUGGAAUGAUGAAGAUGUUCUAAUGAAAGUGGGUGAAGCCAUGGGUCUGGCAGUCUCGGAAGAUGCUACUGCUUCUGCUGGGCAUCCAGUUGCAGAUGGCCGAAAGAAGCUGCAGCUCGUCGAGGAGCAUGUUAAGGCUACGAAGGCUAUUUUGAUGAGCUUACUGGAGGAGUGGCACCAGCAUGGCAAAAUGGUUGAGGCUUUGAAGGCUGACUUGAUGAGCUUACUGGAGCAGCAUCAACAUGACGAGCAGAUUGAGGCUUUGAAGGCUAGCUUCAUGAACUUACAGGAGUUGCAGCUGCUCCUCGACCAUGAUAUCUUCACUUCGUGUCAGUCGGUUGCCACUUCUGAGCAGGAGGUUGCUGCUUAUAAGCAUCUGAUUGUUGUUCUUAUGCAGAGGAUUGCUGCUAUUGAGCAGAGGAUCACCAUGGCUAAUGAUCGCACCGAGCCCACGAGGGCACGUGUUGGAGUCUGUGUUGCCGUUACUAUUGGCGUGUUUUCUCAUAUCUAUCGUUAGACCUAUCGUGGGCGGGUUGUGC